AUGUCUGCCAUCGAUCCAGUGAGUGAGAGCGAAGGCCGCGAGAAAACCACAGGUGGUGCCUGUCGUGCAGGGGCUCGGGGCCGGGAGGCGGCGGCGGCGGGGCGGCGCAAACGCGAUCUGCGGCGCCGCCCCCGCGGAGGGCUUCUUCGGGAGGGACUUGUUUGGUUUCUUCCCCGCCGCGCCGCACCCGCCCCACCUUCCCCGCCGCCGCCCCAGCGCUCCGCCGCCCCCCACCAGGCGCCUCGUCGCAGUCUCCUCCCACGCACACGGAACGGUCACGUCCCGCGCGAUUCCCUCCUCCGGGCGGACGUGAUCUCGGAGCCCGCCGGGCUCAGGUGGGCGGCGGACAGCCGGCAGGCGCGCCGAGGGCGGGACUCGUCAACAAGUAGGCGCGGCACGUGGCCGCCCCCCGCGCCGCCCCGCCUCGCGCCCGCCGCUGCCGCCGACCGCGCCUGCUCGCUUGCGCCGCGCCGCGCCGCCGCCGCGCCGCCACCCCGCCGGCAGUGCCUCGCAAUCGUCCGCCGCGCUCGCCCGCGCCGCGCCGCGCACCCGCGCCCGCGAUCCGCCGCCGCCCGCGCCGCCCCGCCCUCCGCCGCCGUCGACCGCCUGUUAGUGCUGCGUGCCGCUACGGAGAUUGCUUUCUCCGGCCGCUUCGGCAGUGCGUCCGAAUGCCCCGCCGCGCGGGCUGAGUGCGUCGCGCCCCAUGGCAAGAGGUGGGCGCGCGGCCGCGACGCCCGACGCGAACCAGUGAUGCGGGAGGCCUCCGACGCGGCGCCGCGUCUGGGAGGGUGCGGGCGGCGCCUCGACGCUGUCUCCUCGGGUGGCUCUACCGUCUCCGAGCUCCGCACCCCUGCCGCCGCCGCCGCCACCGCCGGACAGAGCGGGUGGGCGGGGCGCCGCGGCGCGGUCGCCGGUCAUGCACCAGCGGCUCGCGGCCGCCCGCGCCCCGCCGCCGCCGCCGCGCCGCCGUCAGCAUGCUGUUUGAGCACACCGCCGCCGCCGCCGCCCCGCCCACUUGCACCCGCAGGCGCCCCAGCUCCGCGCCGCCGCUCCCGCAGCGGCGUGCGCUUCGCGCGCCGCCCGCGCGCCUCCGCCGGCGCUGCCGCCUCCUCCGCCGCCCUACCACGCCACCGGCGCCCCGCGCUUCCGGAAGGUGGCGAUACGCGCCCCUGGGCCUGCAGCCGGUUAGCUAAUGUAAUUAAUAAAGGACAUGUUUUCAUGGUGGCUGACAAAGAGACCUGCUCAGCGAGGCCUUUUGUAGCGCUGGGAAGUCGGUUGCGGGUUUCCGUGCUGUCUGUUGAUUGUCUCGCCCCAGAUGCUUAUGUUAUUUCAUUCCCCUCGCUUUUGCAGCUGCUGGCAAAACUUGCAACUAAUAAAGCAGGUCAUAUUUUUCUUGUCUCGGCCGUUCGAAGCAGGAAAACGGAACGUUCGAGCUCCGAUGGGUAUCGUGGCGCGCGGUGCGGUGCGGUGCGGGGAAUGAUGGCGGGGGCCGGGGGCGACAUCAGAGGUCGCGGAGAGAGCAGCGAAGAGCGGAGGCGGGGGCGGGCGCUGCGGGCGAGAGGGCGACAGGAAGCGAACGGGUGUGCGGCGCGCCUGCCCCGCAACGGCGGCGCCGUCCGCCCAGAAAGAUUAUCGCAGAGCCUCUUCAAUUUCUCAUUUGCGCGUCGUUCGCCGAGGCGCGCCAACGCCUCCACAGGUUGCGGGGCGGAAUUACGACGAAAUAACCAGCAUCCAUUGUGGCAGCCUUUCCCGGACUGGCUGGAAAAAAGAAGCAAUGGAAACGAUGCGUUACUCAGCUUAUGUCGAAUCGAUCUUCAUGCUCACAGGUCAUUGGACUCAGGUGUGCAACUUGAGGAUGAAGUUCUGACAACGUCAAUUAAGAGUAGGGUUUGGUUUAACUAA